GCACUUCCGGAAUCUCUCGGCACGUGAGCUUGGUUGUCCUACCAAAGCCAGCCUCUCGGCUCGCGUGCGCGGGUCUAGUUUGCUCGCGUCCUCACGCGCUUUGGGUUUCCCGGUCUCAUGGCCGGCCUGACCUUAUUUGUGGGCCGCCUCCCGCCUUCGGCCCGCAGUGAGCAGCUGGAGGAACUGUUCAGUCAGGUGGGGCCGGUGAAGCAGUGCUUCGUGGUGACUGAAAAAGGGAGUAAGGCAUGUCGAGGCUUUGGCUAUGUCACUUUUUCUAUGCUGGAAGAUGUUCAGAGGGCCCUCAAGGAGAUUACCACCUUUGAAGGUUGCAAGAUCAACGUGACUGUUGCUAAGAAAAAACUGAGGAACAAGACAAAGGAAAAGGGGGAAAAUGGAAACUCAGAGUGCCCAAAGAAGGAGCCGAAGGCUAAAAAAGCCAAAGUGGCAGAUAAGAAAGCCAGAUUAAUUAUUCGGAACCUGAGCUUUAAGUGUUCGGAAGAAGACUUGAAGACAGUAUUUGCUCAAUUUGGAGCUAUCCUGGAAGUAAAUAUCCCUAGGAAACCAGAUGGGAAGAUGCGUGGUUUUGCUUUUGUUCAGUUCAAAAACCUCCUAGAAGCAGGUAAAGCUCUCAGAGGCAUGAACAUGAAAGAGAUAAAAGGGCGGACGGUGGCUGUGGAUUGGGCUGUGGCAAAGGAUAAAUAUAAAGAUACACAGUCUGUUUCUGCUCUAGGUGAGGAAAAGAGCCAUGAAUCUGAACAUCAGGAAUCAGUUAAAAAGAAGGGCAGGGAGGAAGAGGAUGUGGAAGAGGAAGAAAACGAUGAUGAUGAUGAUGAUGAAGAAGAUGAGGUUGAUGAUGAUGAAGAUGAAGAGGAGGAGAAUAUAGAAUCAAAGGUGACCAAGCCUGUGCAGAUUCAGAAGAGAGCAUUCAAGAGAGCAGCCCCUGCAAAAAGCAGUGAAGAUCAUUCUGAGGAGGACAGUGACCUGGAGGAAAGCGAUAGUAUUGGUGAUGGAGAGGAACUGGCUCAGAGUGAUACCAGCACUGAGGAGCAAGAGGAUAAAGCUGUGCAAGUCUCAAACAAAAAGAAGAGGAAAUUACCCUCUGAUGUGAAUGAAGGGAAAACUGUUUUUAUCAGAAAUCUGUCCUUUGACUCAGAAGAAGAAGAACUUGGGGAGCUUCUCCAACAGUUUGGAGAACUCAAAUAUGUCCGCAUUGUCUUGCAUCCAGACACAGAGCAUUCUAAAGGUUGUGCAUUUGCCCAGUUCAUGACUCAAGAAGCAGCUCAGAAAUGCCUUCUAGCUGCUUCUCCAGAGAAUGAGGCUGGUGGGCUUAAACUGGAUGGCCGGCAGCUCAAAGUUGACUUGGCGGUGACCCGUGAUGAGGCUGCAAAGCUUCAGACAAAGAAGGUGAAGAAGCCGACUGGCACCCGGAAUCUCUAUCUGGCCCGAGAAGGCUUGAUUCGUGCUGGGACGAAGGCUGCAGAGGGUGUGAGUGCUGCUGAUAUGGCCAAAAGAGAACGGUUUGAGCUGCUGAAGCAUCAGAAACUCAAGGACCAGAAUAUCUUUGUCUCCCAAACCAGGCUCUGCCUGCACAAUCUCCCAAAGGCUGUAGAUGACAAACAGCUCAGAAAGCUGCUGCUGAGUGCUACUAGUGGAGAGAAAGGGGUGCGCAUCAAGGAGUGUAGAGUGAUGCGAGACCUCAAAGGAGUUCAUGGGAACAUGAAGGGUCAGUCCCUGGGCUACGCCUUUGCAGAGUUCCAAGAGCACGAACAUGCCUUGAAAGCCCUCCGCCUGAUCAACAACAAUCCAGAAAUCUUUGGGCCUCUGAAGAGACCAAUAGUGGAGUUCUCUUUAGAAGAUCGAAGAAAACUUAAAAUGAAGGAAUUAAGGAUCCAGCGCAGCUUGCAAAAAGUGAGAUCCAAGCCUGCAACUGGUGAGCCUCAGAAGGGGAAACUAGAGCCUGCAAAAGACCAGCAACAGAAGGCAGCUCAACACCACACAGAGGAACAAAGCAAGGCGCCCCCAGAGCAGAAGGGGAAGGCGGGCUCUACCUCAUGGGCCGGGUUCCAGACCAAGGCUGAAGUGGAGCAGGUGGAGCUGCCUGAUGGAAAGAAGAGAAGAAAGGUCCUGGCGCUCCCCUCACACCGAGGCCCCAAAAUCAGGUUGCGGGACAAAGGCAAAGUGAAGCCCAUCCAUCCCAAAAAGCCAAAGCCCCAGAUAAGCCAGUGGAAGCAGGAGAAACAGCAAUUAUCUUCUGAGCAGGUAUCUAGGAAAAAAGCUAAGGGAAAUAAGACGGAAACCCGCUUCAACCAGCUGGUCGAACAAUAUAAGCAGAAAUUAUUGGGACCUUCUAAAGGAGCACCUCUUGCAAAGAGGAGCAAAUGGUUUGAUAAUUGAUGAUGCCAGCAGGCUCGGUAAGAAGCUGGGUUGUGUGCUUUCUGGUGCCACUCCUGGGCUCCUCCCCAUCCCCCAUGUCUCUCACCAAGGGAAAGAAAAUCCCCAAGGGCACUGCCACUGUGCUGGGAGGCACCCUGGACUGUGUACAUCUGAACUUUGGUCCAUCCUUUGAUGAGUGGUUCGUUAGCCACAAAGAGAAAUAUCUGAAAGACAUCAUGAUGCUUCUUGCAUAUUAUCCAGAUUAUUGUAUGAAGUUAUGUCUAUAAUUAUUACCAAUUUUUGUUCUUUAUUUCUCAAAUGGAAACAAUUGAAAAAGCAUUCUGGAGUGCUGAAUUUUUAAGGUGUAUAUUUUGUUAAGCAUAUUCUCUAAAUGAGAUAUUGUGUGGCUUUUUAGUAACAAUGUCAUUUCUAAUAUGUGUGACUCCUUUAUUAUGUAUGAACAUCCUUUGACAGUCCUAAUUCAGCUCUGUAGUCUUACAUACUGCAGGAACUAAGUGACAGCAGAGAGAAAUGCUUUCUAACCUAAUCACUGCAGGCGGAGACACUUGGAAAAGAAUGGGGGGAGGUGGGGCCUGGCAGAGAGCAGCACUUAUAUGUUUGUCAAAUGAGGGGAUUUCCAGUUGAAUCGGUCUGCAGUGCCUAAAGACACUAGCCUGGUUAGUGAUGACCUGCAUUUCUCUCAUAGAGCACCUCCUUUUUCAUCGUACCCACUAGCUCUCUAAGUCCUCCUUAAUGAGGACACUUGAUCCUCAUUAAGUCUGCCCCUUAAGAUGGCUUCACACCUACUAAAAAACUCCAGGGGUUUGACAUCUCACUUUGAUCGAAAUCUUGUCUUCCUAUAACAUUUGAUUCCCUGGGCUCUCCAGCCCUAUCACUUCUGCUUGUCUUUAUCCACUCUCUUCUUCAUUCACUUUUGGCUACACAGGCCUUCCUUCCAUCUCUUGACUCUUGACCACCUCAGAGUCUUUGUAUCCAUUCCCUUUGCCUGGAGAGUUUUUCCCUUGCUUCUUUUACUUGUGACUCAGAUCUUCACUAGUUGUCGCCUCCUCCUGGAGCUCUUCCCAGACUAUCUAAAGUAGGGCUUUUCUUCCCCUCCCCUCUAUCUUGCCCCCUUACUGAAUUCUGCUUCCCUGUUUCUUUUUCUUCUUUUUUUUUUUGAGUCAGUCUUGCUCUGUCACCCAGGAUGGAAUGCAGUGGCACUGUCUCAGCUCAUUGCAACCUCCACCUCCUGGGUUCAAGCGAUUCUCCCGCCUCACCGUCCCAAGUAGCUGGGGCUAUAGGCGCACGCCACCAUUCUUGGCUAAAUUUUCUAUUUUUAGUAGAGUUGGGGUUUCACCUUGUUGACUAGGCUGGUCUUGAACUCCUGACCUCAGGCGAUCUGCCCACCUCGGCCUCCCAAAGUCCUGGUAUUACAGGCGUGAGCCAUCACGUGUGGUGGCCUGCUUCCCUGUUUCUUUCUAGCACUAAUCUCUAUCUGAAAUCAUUUGUUUCUUUCUAGCACUAAUCUCUAUCUGAAAUCAUUUGUCUCUCCAGUUAGAAUGUAUGCUUCGUGAGAGGGACUUUAUCCCUCUUGUUCACUCCUGUAGACACAGUGCCUAGUACUGACCCAGGCACAUAGUAAAUAUUGAAUAAAUAUUUGUUGAAUGAAAAAAAUAAGGUAGGAAAGGAAGAAACAGUACUCAGUAGGCAAGAGAAAAAGUUGGGAGUGUAACCCAAAAUUCUUGAUUCCUUAGUCUAGUUGAGUGUUACAAAUAAUGCUUUGACAGAACCAUUGCUGAGCUAGAGACAUGGUUCUUUCUCUCUUUCUUUUUCUUUUUUUUUUGAGACAGAGUGUCCCUCUGUUGCCCAGGCUGGAGUGCAGUGGCGUGAUCUCGGCUCACUGCGACCUCUGCCUCCUGGGUUCAAACGAUUCUCCUGCCUCAGCCUCCCAAGAAGCUGGGAUUACAGGUGCUGCCACCACACCCAGCUAAUUUUUGUAUUUUUAGUAGAGAUGGAGUUUCACCAUGUUGGCCAGGCUGGUCUCAAACUCCUAACCUUGUGAUCUGCCCACCUCGGCCUCCCAAAGUGCUGGGAUUACAGACGUGAGCCACUGCACCUGGUAGAGACAUGGUUAUUUCAUUGCAAUAUCUUGGGGAACCCAUGAAUGCUCUGAAGUGCCUUUGAUUGGUUUAGAAAUGGAUGAAGGAGAGGCCAUGGAAAUAUUUUAAACCUUUUGGAGAGAUCGAAAGGACAGGUGAUUUAUCUCCAAGUUCACCUCGAGACAUGACGUGGGCUGUCAAACAUUCUUACAAUAGCCUGGCAACAUGUCUUUCCCAGCCUGGUCUGUACAGCACAGAGGAAGUAAGGGACUCUAUUAAGGGUGUCAGAAUAGUUAUAAUCUGCCAGUCAGUUGAUCCGUUUUUCCUUGGCCAGCUCUCCAUCUGCUCACCACCCUUUUUUUCCUAGUACAGAAAUAUCUUUAACAUUCAAAAAUAUAUCUUAACUCUUAGGAUAGAUCAAAAUUGAUGUUCAUUCAGAUAACAUUGCCAGAUUCUCUUAGAUCCAAAUAUUUCUUAUAACAACUUGAGUAACUCAGUAUGUUAAAACCUCAUUCACUUGCUUGGAGAGCUGUUGCACAGUUCUUUAAAGAGUUCUUUAUAUGAGGUUGAAUCUUCCCUUUCUUAAUAGUCAAAUUCCAUAUAUGGUGUCUUCUUUGGAACACCUUACCAUGGGUUAUUUGGUCAGCUCCAUUGACCCCUUGCCUUGGGAAUUUUAGUGCAGUGAGAGUGGUACUCACUUCACCUUCACUUCAGGGCCUGGUGUGUCAGGAAAUGGAGUUUUUUGAAUUAACAUGAAAGCUGAGUUACAGGCUGCUUGGUUAAAAAACAACAGGUGGGCACAGAGUCUCACACCUGUGAUUGCAGUACUUUGGGAGGUGGGAGGACUGCUUGAGGUCAAGAGUCCGAGACCAACCUGGUCAACACAGUGAGACCCCCAUCUCUAUUAUUUUGAAAAACAACAGCAAAUUUUUUGUUAACAUCCAAGACAAGGCCACCAGUCAAAACUAUCAAGUUUUAGUAAUACUUUCCUGCUUGAUUAUAUAAUAGCCUGGCUUAGAGAUACAACCUUUAAAUAAGGAAUCUUAAUUAAAGGUAAUGUACAGCUGUUCUUUGCCUCAUUUGUUUAUUGGUUGGUUAGUUUGUAGUUUCUAAGACUCUGCUCUGUUCAGCUGUAUAAUUCCUUCCUCUGGAGUUAACCUGUGGCAAGGAUUAUGUUUCACCUGUCACAAAAAUGAGAUCUGUGCCUUCCUCUAUUAUAAAGUUAGGACAUGUGAUUCAUUCUUCGAAAUACUUUGAAAUGUACUUUGGCAUGUUUUUGUCUUGAAAAGAGGUUUUCCAACUAGAAAUUCGGAGCCCAGAAGGUCAAGGCUCCAGAGAUCCCCUUCUCAUCAUCCUUCAGUUGUCUGAGGAGACAGAGGAUCACAUGUGUCACAGUGAGUGCUAAUUCCCCAGAAUCUGCAAUCUUAAGCUCUCCCGCUGACCCACACAACCAGUUCUCUGCUUCAUAUUUGUGUGACCCACUGUGAAGUGACAGGCAGCUACCAAUUCUGUCAUAUAAGCAGCAGCUCUGCCCAUGCAGCUUUGAAAGUUCCUGCACUUCUCCAUAGACUGCUCCUUCAUGGAAAUAACCACAUCAUCACACUCUGGGUGCCUAAGCUAAGUUUGUUGGCAGUUUGUCUGUGGUGAUGCCCAACUCCUUUUCAGCUCAGCCUUAAUUGGCAUUUUAAGGGCUAGGAUGAGGUUUCUCCCAGGCCAGGUCGAGAUUUCCAGAUUUCCUUUUGUCCAAGUCUGACCAGUUUAGAAGUUAUUUACAUCCUUGUUUUGGUUCUUUCGUUCUUGUCCUGGUACAUCUUCCUUUCCAGGAUUAUUUGCAGAGUCUGUGAUGUCUUACUCAGUGACCAGAUAUGGGGUGGGCUACUGGUAUAGUCUGAUUACUUUGGCAUCUGAUUCUGGACUGGUCAUUGGCUGUACAUGAGUUUUUGUGCUGAUAAAGGAAUAUACUGGGAAGAUUGGAAGGCCCAGACUGGGAACCACUUCUGAGAAGAGAACUGCUGAGUCACUGAAAGACCUUUUGGACCACCCCCAAAUGGAGCAUCUUGAUAGAUGGCAAAUCCAGUGUUUCUUAAACUUGUGCACGCUGCUCAGAGCCCACUGCCUUUUAUCAGAUGUGAGACUUCACUGCCACAGUAUCAUCCCACAGUCUCCUUCCCUGGACAUUUGAUAAAGGGAAAAUCGUUUCUUGUCCUUGAAGGCAGGGACUAUUUUUUUUUCACUUUUCCACAUACCCCACAACACCCAACAUAGAUUUACUCGUAGUAGGAGUUUCAUACUGCUGAACUCGCUGAAGGCCAUUUGUUCCAGGGCCUAGCUGGGCUUGUGACGGACAACAGAGUCAUUUCCUAAGGACCCCAGAAGACAGGAUGAAGGAAAAAAUAAUAAUAAACUGCUGUUCACAGUGCCUUGAGUAUACCAUCUAUGCACUUUCUGCUAUGCCUUGUCCAUUCCAAUCUGGACAGUCUCUCUGCCCCUCCUUUCCACUCAAGUGCCAUCCAGCACUCAAGUUCUGGCUCAAGGCCUGACAUCUCCCUGGGGACCUCAGCGAUCCCACGGCUUGUGACCCCUUCCUCUAAGUCCCUGGCACACUUACUGAUUGGUGUCCUCUCGUUUGACAAAGCAUAUGCCAUUGUGGCUUACUUGUCAUUUCUUUAGGUCUUGUCUUCCCAGGUAGAUCAUGAGCCCCUUAUAAGAACUAGCUCCCAUAGUCCCAGUCCCCAGGCCUGGUACAUGACUGUGCUUAGUGAUUGGUGAUUGAGGAUAAUGGUGGUAAAGGAAGUACCAGACAGUCAUCUCCUGAAGAGAUGCUGAACAACCUGUCCUUGUUUUAUGUAUUUUCUCUUUCUUGCCCAGUUUUAUUCCUCAUAGUAACUGCUCAAAAAAUGUCAGUUCCUGUCACUCUUCCACCCCUUUUCUCCCUCUUCCCUGCACUGUGGUCUGGGCCUUGGUCCACUAGCAACUCCCCUCAGAUGUUGCUUAAUCUGCCCCAUGGCCAAAGCCAAUCCCAUUCCUGUCCUCCUGCUACCCAAGGGACUGCCAGUCUGUAUGCACAGGAAGGGAUUGUGAAGUCUGGAUGUGCAAGAAACCCAGCUGUGAGAAACAGGUUCCCUGGACUUGGCAUGGUGGCUCAUGCUUGUAAUCCUGGCACUUUGAGAGGUCAAAAGUGGGAGAAUCACUUGAGCCCAGGAGUUCAGGACUAGUCUAGGCAACAUAGCAAGAUCCCAUCUCUACAAAAAAAAAGAGAAAAAAUUCAGAUUCUCAAAUGUCCCUUCAUCUCCUUACUCUCAACUUGUCUCCCCAGUUCUCCUCCGCCUUUUCCUCUCCCCUGGAUCUGACACUCAAUUGUCUGCACACACUUUUCAACUGAAAGAGACUCCAAUGCCAUCCUUCUGAUGAAGUUUUUGCUUUGGAUACUACUGCAGAAAAAAUGCUAUCUUGUAUUCUGGUCCAUGGUGGGGAAGACCCUAUCAUAGAACCUGGCACCUCAAAUGGAGGGAGGGGCCAGAACAUUGUUCUUACGACAGUGAGACGACAGGAUUGAUGCACAACUUUCUUUCUUUCUUUUUUUUUUUUUGAGACAGAGUUUCAUUCUGUUUCCCAGGGCUGGAGUACAGUGGCACCAUCUCAGCUCACUGCAACCUUUACCCGGCAGGUUCAAGCGAUUCUCCUUCCUCAGCCUCCAGAGUAGCUGGGAUUACAGGCGUGCACCACCAUGCCCAGCUAAUUUUUAUAUUUUUAGUAGAGAUGGGAUUUCAACAGUGUUGGCCAGGCUGGUCUCAAACUCCUGACCUCAGGUGAUCUACCCACCCCCGGCCUCCCAAAGUGCUGGGAUUACAGGUGUGAGCCCCCACACCCGGCCAUGAUGCACAACUUUCUAAUAACAUACUUUUGAAAGUGCCCUGACAUACAUCCCUCCUUCAGUACUACAGUGGCCAUCAGUUGCCAGAGAACAUGAAGUUGUCCAGCCCUCAGCUCUGCAGCAGGAUUCUGUGGAGCAAAGCAGGCCUGCUCUACUUCAGAAGGGUAAUGCCACAAAGUGAAGAACACCUCUCAGAGGCAGAGCCCCUCAGCCCCAUCCAGGCCAGCAGUGUCCACUUGAAAUCUGAAAGUAGCCUCCCUCACCAAACCAGCAAGAUGGAGAACCUCCCCGGGUUGGCAGGUGGCCCUGGGAAGCACAUGCCCCAUCUCCGUCAGGAUAGCAGUGGAGAGGUAUUAUGCCAGUGCCGGCUCCACCCACCCAGAUGGUACUCAAGACUCCAAGCCUGUCAAUGGGAUGUAAACUUUCUGGCAUUUUCUGUCAGAAGGGUGAGUUAGCACUGAACCAUCUCAUGUGUCUUUCCACUGACUAACAGCCCAUAUCCAUUCCGUGAAAUGAGUGACUGCUUUGCUGAAUCAUAUCAUAGCAAACAUUUAUUUGUAGUCUGAUUGUGUCAUAUCAUGGUUGAAUUGCAAACAGGUUGGAUACAAGAGUCAGCAAAAAUCAACGAAAGCGUUCAGUAAAAAGCUUUUCUAGAAUUACAAUAAAUGGCAUUGUAUAUUUUAUUAUUUAUAAA